AUGGGACGGGACAAGACGGAUGAAAAGGAACAAAAUGGGAUAGAUGGGAUGAGACGUGAAUUUUGCCUGCCUCUAAUUAUAUAUGGACAGGACGGGACGGGAAGAAAUGGAAGGAACAAGAUGGCACAGAAGAAGAUAGGAAAGAACAAAAUGGAUAGGAUGGCACUUGAUGUGAAGGAACAAAAAGGAACAGUUAGGGACGGGAUGGGAAGAAAUGAAAGACAGACAGGACGGAUAAGAUGGAAAAGAACAGGACAAGAUGAAAAGAAACCUAAUGGGACGGGAUGGGACAAGACGAUAUGA